AAUAUCUGUGCAGACGUGGCUCGUAAGUCAAAAUGGCUGGUACUAAAUGUUUGUUAGUUAUUCUGUGUACCCUGGCAGUAGUUUCGCCGAAAUGUUUAUCAGAUAUUGAUAAUGCCAAACAAGAGUUAGAGGCGUACAUAGAUUUCAAAAUUCCAGAUAUAAAUCCUCGGUAUAGGCUGCACUACCACGUCACUCCGCCGGUUGGGUGGAUGAACGAUCCUAAUGGCUUUUCUUACCACGAUGGAGAGUUCCAUCUUUUCUACCAGUAUUACCCGUAUGACAGUGUGUGGGGUCCCAUGCAUUGGGGUCACGUGUCUAGCCCUGAUCUUGUCCACUGGAAUCAACUGCCAACGGCUCUUUUACCGGAAAACGAACAAUGUUUCUCUGGUUCCGCGGUGAGCAUAGGCGAUACUAUGGCUUUGAUGUACACUGCACAUGAGGUUACAGAUAAAGAACCAUAUUAUAAUGAAAGUCAGUAUCUCGCAUUUAGUGAUAACGGCAUUGAUUUCUAUAAAUACGAAGGCAAUCCUGUUCUACCAGCAGCUCCAAAUGGCUCACCAGAUUUUAGAGAUCCCAAAGUAUGGAAAUAUGGUGACGAAUGGUAUGUGGUACUUGGCAGUAAGACACUGGAUCAGCGUGGUAGAGUUCUUUUAUAUAAGUCGAAGGAUCUUAAAGAGUGGGAAUUUUUAACAGUACUGGGAGAGUCACAAGGAGACAUGGGAUACAUGUGGGAGUGCCCUGACUUUUUUGAACUCGAUGGUAAGUUUGUUUUACUGAUGUCCCCACAAGGAAUGAAAGCAGAAGGGGACCGUUACAAAAAUACUUUCCAGAAUGGAUAUAUUAUUGGUAGCUUUGACUACGAGACCAAUGAAUUCCACCCCGAAGUGGACUUUCAAGAAAUCGACUUCGGGCACGAUUUCUACGCUGCACAGACAACAGAACAUAAUGGAAAGCGGUACGUUAUUGCAUGGUUUAGCAUGUGGGAAGUUCCUCACGUAGAAGACGUGGACGGCUGGUCCGGAGCAAUGACGAUUGUGAGAGAGUUAAAAUUAGUUGAUGAUCGAAUAUUAAUGAAACCAUUAGACGAAAUGAUAGACUUACGCCAUCACACUAUUCUGCACGGACGUCUGAGGUCACAUGAGGUGACGUCUCUGCCACAAGCGACCGAAUUGAUUGUUGAAGGAAACAUAAAACAAAGAAUUGAACUGUAUCUUCAAGGUGUCGAUGGUGGUGGUAAAGUUUGGGUGCGAUGGGAUCCUGCUGUUGGUAAAGUAGUCGUAGAUAGAGGAGCUGGAGAUAUCAGACAGGUUGAAUGGUCACCAAUCGGGUCCACAACGUGGAGAAUAUUUCUGGAUGCGAGUAGCUUGGAACUAUUUUGUGGGGAAGGUGAGGUAGUGUUCAGUAGCAGAGUUUACCCAUUGGGAGGAUGGAAGUUGACUAACUUAAGUAGUCAGUCUCUAAAAAUCGAAGCAUAUCACUUAAAGCGAACUGUUCCAGCUUAAAUAAUAAAUGUUAGAUGCUUUAAUUAUUAAAUGGACUGAAAGUAUUGUAAAUUAUUAAUUAAAUUAUUAAAUUGAAUGUUAGUAUAUGUAACCUUUAUUCAAUGAAUUAUUUCGAUAAAAAUAUGUUUUUCAUCUCACAUUUUUACCGUUUAUUCUAACGUGCGGCUGUUCAACGUUGCGUAUAGAUUUUAAUUUUGAUACAAGAAUCCAAUAACCACAUAAAAUAACAAACUGUGAAUAUGUAAUUUUCCAUAAAUUUCAUAAUAAAAAUUUGAUAAAGUAAUGUACCAUGUGUGUUUUGAAUGUAACAUUAAGUUACGUGACAUUUUCUGACACUUUAUUUUUUGUAUAUUACUGUACUUAAGUCUUGAUGGAGGAAUCGCGAUUGAAAAUCUUGAAAGAGGAUGAAAGUGAGUAUAGGAAAAACAAAAUCUAUGGUUGCAGCGUUGCAUUUCUUUAUGUGUAGUCGAGAAAUCUCAAAAGAAGCUCGACUGGUAGUGAAUGUGGCAGAACCAGAGAAUGCUAAUUAAAUGAGAGUGAAGAAGUAUGUGUGGUAUUACAUUGAUUAAUAGAAUAACAAGUAGUGGGAGUUGUAUGGGUUAUAAGAGAUUGUUAUGACAAGGAUUCAAAAGGGAAUGCUUAGCGGUUUGGCAAUGUAGAACGGAGACAACCGUGGACGGGGAAGCCAAGUUGUAAUACAUAAGUGGACUAAAUAUAGAAGAUAAUAAAGAAGGGACUAGUUAAAAGCACCUUUACCGACGGGCAUGCACGGUGAAAUGUCAUGAAUGUCGAUAAAGCAAGAGUGUUAUCAGGACCGUAGAAAGUGGAGAUCCGUUGUUUCUGCCCUUCCUAUAUCUAUAAAUAUUGUGUAAAUAUAUGUUUAUAAAGCCUUUAAAAUAG